AGAAACAAAAUAUUUUGAAGAAAAAUAACCUCACUAGGGUUUGACCCGAAAGGGGAAUUUUUUUGCAAAAUUGCGUGAAAACCCUGAGAUAGAGAGAGAGAUUCGUGGUGUGUGGGGGCAGUGAGUCGAAUCACCGAGUUUUAAUUUUUAUUCCACAGUUUCCGUCAAGUUCGCUCUUGAUUAAAUCAUCAAGAUCUAUCUCUCAUCUAUACCGUAAUUUUCGGAUUCUUAGAGAGAGAGAGAGAGAGAGAGAGAGAGAAACAACAAAAAAAUAAACCUGAAUAUUUGAUUUGUUUUUAGUUAAUUUUCUUUAAUUUCUAAUUUUGAACGUUGAGAUCGGAGGGUUAAAAAAGGGGUUUUAUUAAAUAAAAAAAGGGUUUUUGGAGGGAUUCGGGUUUGUGGAAGUGGUGGGGUUUUUUCUUUUUUUUAAUUUUUUGUUGUAAUAAUUUGGAAUUCGCGGGGGAAUUUUUUGUUAAAAGAAAAUUGGGGGUUAGUUUUUUAUGCAUUCUGGUAGUGGUGGCGGAGGUGGGCCCAGCCGGAACCCGAGUGUGGGCCCGGUGGGUCGGGCGGCAUCUACAUCGUCCGCAGCUUCGCCAUCUUCUUCGUCGUCGGCCGUUUCGACCCCACACUUGGGGUUUGAUUCGGUACAACAGCAGCCGCAGCAGCAGCAACAACAACAAAGUCAGAAACAGCAGCAUCAAAUUGCGUCUAGGCAGUCAUUACAACAACAAUUACUUAGAAAACCUGAAGGAAAUGAAGCUAACCUAGCAUACCAAGCCAGUGGUCUGCAAGGUCUGAUGGGAGGUAGCAAUUUUCCUUCAUCUCCAGGCUCCAUGCAACCGCCGCAAAUGUCCAGGAGGUUCUUUGAUCUGCCUCAACAACAUGCUUCUGCGCAGGACAGCCAGAAUAGGAGUCAAGGUGUUGAGCAACAAAUGGCGAGUUCUGCUCAGCAAGCUUAUUAUCAGUUUGCUUACCAGGCUUCUCAGCAACAGAAGGCACUUUUGGCACAGCAGCAAGCUAAGAUGGCCAUGUUGGGCCCUGCAUCUUUUAAGGAUCAGGACAUGCGAACUGGAAACAUAAAAAUGCAGGAACUUAUCUCCAUGCAGGCUGCUAAUCAGGCUCAGGCAUCAUCCUCUAAGAACGCAUCUGAGCAGCUUGGUUGUGCUGAAAAGCAGAUUGAGCAAGGAUCAAGGUCUGCUUCUGAGCACAAGCCACCCGCUCAGGCAACAGUUAUUGGACAAUUAAUGCCCGGGAAUGUUUUAAGGGCCAUGCAGACACAGCAAGCUCCUCAGACUGUUCAAAACAUGGGAAACAAUCAAGUUGCUAUGGCUGCACAGUUGCAGGCAUGGGCACUUGAGCGUAAUAUUGAUCUGUUGCAACCUGCAAACGCCAACUUGAUGGCACAGCUCAUUCCACUAAUGCAGAGUAGGAUGGCUGCCCAGCAAAAAACAAAUGAAAGGAAUAUGGGUACUCAGUCAUCACCAGUACCUGUGUCCAAGCCGCAAAUCACUUCUCCAUCAGUUCCAAGUGAGAGUUCUCCCCGUGGUAACUCAUCAAACGAUAUAUCUGGCAUGUCUGGCUUUGCCAAAACUAGGCCGAUGGCUCCACCAAACACUUUUGGGUCAACUUCCAGUGUUGGGGUGAUUAACAGUGCUAACAAUGUUUCAAUGCAGCAGUUAGCAAUUCAUGGCCUAGAUAAUCAAGAGCUUCCCAGACAGUCAGUUGGGCAUGGAAAUGGGAUGCCUCCUAUGCAUCCUCCACAAGUAUCUGCAAAUGUUAGCCAGAGUAUUGAUCCAUCCUUGCCAGCAAAAAAUUCAUCAGGUGGCAUAGAAACAGUGCAAAUGCAGCAUACGAAACACUUCAAUCGAUCUUCUCUUCAGCCUGCUGCCCCUGGUAAUGAUGGGGGAUCUGUUAACAAUGUACCAUCACAAGGGGGAGCUUCUACCCAGAUGCCACAGCAGCGUUUUGGUUUCACUAAACAACAACUUCAUGUUCUCAAAGCACAAAUACUAGCAUUUAGGCGCCUGAAGAAAGGAGAAGGUACACUUCCACAAGAGCUUCUUCGAGCCAUUGUUCCCCCACCACUUGUGGUGCAGCAGAUGCAAUUACCUCCUUUAGGUGGAAAUAACCAGGACAGAGAUGGUGGAAAGAAUAUAGAAGAUCAAGCGAAGCAGGUGGAGUCAAAGGAGAAGGUUGCACAGGCUGAGCAAUCUACCAAAGGACAGAAUAUUACUAAAGACGAAGCUUAUGUAGGAGAUGAUAGAGCAACUGAAUCAACAGCUCAUAUGCAAGGUGCGUCAGCUAUGGCUAAGGAUCCAUCUACAUUACCUGCUGGAAAAGAAGAGCAGCAAAGUUCUGUCUUUUCUGUCAAGUCAGACCAAGAAGUAGAACGUGGUCUUCCGAAAGCUCCAGUUCGAAGUGAUUUUAGUGCAGACAGGGGAAAGGCUGUUUCACCACAAGUUGCGGCAUCUGAUGGAGGGCAAGUUAAGAAACCCAUGCAGGCAAACUCUGCCCCCCAGCUAAAGGAUCCUGCCUCUGCCAGAAAGUAUCAUGGUCCACUCUUUGAUUUCCCCUUCUUCACUAGGAAACAUGAAUCAUAUGGCUCAGCAAUGCCUAACAGCAAUAAUAAUUUAACUUUGGCGUAUGAUGUCAAAGACCUACUCUUUGAGGAAGGCAUGGAAGUCCUUAGCAAGAAACGAUCAGAGAAUUUGAGGAAGAUUGGUAACUUACUAGCAGUAAAUAUGGAGACAAAAAGGAUUAGGCCGGAUCUUGUUCUGCGACUGCAAAUUGAAGAAAAAAAGCUUCGACUUAAAGAUCUGCAGGCUCGUUUAAGGGAUGAAGUUGACCAGCAGCAACAAGAGAUAAUGGCGAUGCCUGACAGACCGUACAGAAAAUUUGUCCGCCUGUGUGAGCGUCAGCGUAUUGAGCUGGCGAGACACGUACAAGUCACUCAGAAGGCCCUAAGAGAGAAGCAGUUGAAAUCCAUCUUUCAGUGGCGUAAGAAGCUCCUGGAGGCUCAUUGGGCUAUCCGUGACGCACGAACUGCUCGUAAUAGGGGAGUUGCCAAGUACCAUGAAAGAAUGUUACGAGAGUUUUCAAAGAGGAAAGAUGAUGAUAGAAAUAAAAGGAUGGAAGCCUUGAAGAAUAAUGAUGUUGAAAGGUACCGGGAGAUGUUGAUUGAGCAGCAGACAAAUAUCCCUGGAGAUGCUGCAGAGAGAUAUGAAGUUCUUUCAUCAUUCUUGACGCAGACUGAAGAAUAUCUUCAAAAACUGGGAAGUAAGAUUACAGCUGCCAAGAAUCAGCAGGAAGUAGCUGAUGCAGCAAAUGCUGCUGCUGUUGCUGCACGGUUGCAGGGCCUAUCAGAAGAAGAAGUUAGGGUUGCAGCAGCUUGUGCUGGGGAGGAAGUAAUGAUAAGAAAUCGGUUUAUGGAAAUGAAUGCACCCAGGGAAGGUUCAUCUGUUAGCAAGUAUUAUAAUCUUGCUCAUGCUGUCAAUGAAAAGAUCAUAAGGCAGCCAUCAAUGCUACGAGCUGGAACAUUACGAGACUAUCAGCUUGUUGGUUUGCAGUGGAUGCUUUCUUUGUAUAAUAAUAAACUAAAUGGUAUUUUGGCUGAUGAGAUGGGUCUUGGGAAAACUGUUCAGGUUAUGGCAUUGAUUGCUUAUUUGAUGGAAUUUAAAGGAAACUAUGGCCCGCAUCUUAUAAUUGUCCCAAAUGCUGUUCUAGUAAAUUGGAAGAGUGAGCUCCACAAUUGGCUGCCAUCUGUGUCAUGUAUCUAUUAUGUCGGAGGAAAAGAACAACGUUCAAAAUUAUUUUCUCAAGAGGUUCUGGCAAUGAAAUUUAAUGUCCUUGUGACAACUUAUGAAUUCAUCAUGUAUGACCGGUCAAAACUUUCUAAAAUUGAUUGGAAGUACAUCAUAAUUGAUGAAGCACAGCGAAUGAAAGACAGGGAAUCUGUUUUAGCUCGUGAUCUUGAUAGGUACCGCUGCCAAAGGCGUUUACUUCUUACUGGGACACCAUUACAGAAUGACUUGAAAGAACUCUGGUCAUUGUUAAAUCUUCUCCUUCCUGAAGUGUUUGAUAAUCGCAAGGCAUUUCACGAUUGGUUUUCGCAACCAUUUCAAAGGGAACCUACACAUAAUGCAGAAGAUGAUUGGCUUGAGACAGAGAAGAAGGUUAUCAUCAUCCAUCGACUUCAUCAAAUUCUAGAGCCCUUUAUGCUUAGACGUCGUGUUGAAGAUGUGGAAGGUUCACUUCCUCCAAAGGUCUCAAUAGUUUUAAAAUGCAGAAUGUCAGCUAUUCAGAGUGCCAUUUAUGAUUGGAUAAAAUCAACUGGGACUCUUCGAGUUGAUCCAGAAGAUGAGAAGCGCAAGGUUCAAAAAAAUCCAAUAUACCAGGCUAAGGUGUACAAAACUUUAAAUAACCGGUGUAUGGAGCUUCGGAAGACUUGUAAUCAUCCUUUGCUUAAUUACCCAUAUUUCAAUGACUUCUCCAAAGAUUUCCUUGUAAGAUCUUGUGGGAAAUUGUGGAUCCUAGACAGAAUCCUAAUAAAACUUCAGAGAACCGGGCAUCGAGUAUUACUCUUUAGUACCAUGACGAAGCUUCUGGAUAUCUUGGAGGAAUACUUGCAGUGGAGGAGGCUUGUCUACAGACGUAUUGAUGGAACAACUAGUUUGGAAGAUCGAGAAUCAGCUAUUGUUGACUUCAAUAGCCCGCACUCUGAGUGCUUCAUAUUCUUACUAAGUAUUCGUGCUGCUGGACGUGGUCUAAAUCUUCAAUCUGCUGACACUGUAGUGAUCUAUGAUCCUGAUCCAAAUCCUAAAAAUGAGGAACAGGCAGUUGCUAGAGCUCACCGAAUUGGACAAACAAGGGAAGUCAAAGUAAUUUACAUGGAAGCAGUUGUUGACAAAAUCUCUAGUCAGCAGAAGGAGGAUGAAUUAAGGAGUGGAGGUACAGUUGAUUUUGAGGAUGAUUUUGCUGGUAAGGAUAGAUAUAUGGGAUCCAUUGAGAGCCUCAUAAGGAAUAACAUUCAACAGUAUAAAAUCGACAUGGCCGAUGAAGUAAUCAAUGCUGGACGUUUUGACCAGAGAACAACACAUGAAGAGAGACGCAUGACUUUGGAAACAUUGUUGCAUGAUGAGGAGAGGUAUCAAGAAACUGUCCAUGAUGUUCCCUCAUUGCAUCAGGUAAAUCGCAUGAUAGCAAGAAGUGAGGAAGAAGUUGAGCUGUUUGAUCAAAUGGAUGAAGAACUGGAUUGGACUGAGGAGAUGACUUGUCAUGAACAGGUGCCUAAGUGGCUUCGAGCCAGUGUAAGAGAAGUAAAUGCUGCUGUAGCUACUUUAUCAAAAAAGCCAUCAAAGAACAUUUUAUUUACUGCUGGUGGCGGUACUGAAUCCAAAGAAACAGAUACUGAGAGAAAAAGGGGGCGGCCUAAGAAAAAAAUUCCCAGCUAUAAGGAAAUAGAUGAAACUGGGGAAUUUUCUGAGGCAAGUUCUGAUGAGAGAAAUGGCUAUUCUGGGAAUGAAGAAGAGGGAGAAAUUGGUGAAUUUGAAGAUGAUGAAUUUAGUGGUGCUGUUGGGGCUCCACCUGUAAAUAAUGACCAGUCAGAAGAAGAUGGUGCACUUGGUGAUGAUGGGUAUGAGGAUGCCCAGGCUUCAGAACACAUUAGAAACAACCACAUACUUGAAGAAGGUGGUUCUUCAGGAUCAUCAUUGGAUAGUCGUAGACCAACACAGAUGGUGUCUCCAAUAUCUCCUCAGAAAUUUGGAUCUCUCUCUGCAUUAGAUGCUAGGCCUGGUUCAGCUGCAAGAAGACUGUCCGAUGAUUUGGAGGAAGGUGAAAUUGCAGGAUCGGGAGAUUCUCACAUGGACCACCAGCAAUCUGAAAGUUGGAAUCAUGAUCGCGAUGAAGGCGAAGACGAACAAGUUGUCCAACCCAAGAUAAAACGAAAGCGCAGUAUUCGGGUUCGACCUCGUCAAACUGUGGAAAGAGUAGAGGAGAAAUCGGCCACUGAAGAGCCUCUUCUCCAGCGUGGAGGUUCAUCUCUGUUGUCUUUCCAGCUGGACCAAAAAUACCAAUCACAACUGAGGACUGAUACUGAAAGAAAACCAACACGUGAACGCAAUGCUUUCAAGCAUGAUCCAAAUGAUUCGUCUUCCAAAAGUAGGAGGAACUUACCGCCAAGACAAAUAGCUAAUACAUCAAAGUUGCAUGCAUCAGUGAAGCCUGGUCGAAUGAAUUCUAUGUCUGCUCCUUCAGAAGAUGCUGGCAAACCCUCCAGAGAGAGCUGGGACAGUAAACUGGUUAAUACAUGCGGGUCUUCAAAUUUUGGUGCUAAGAUGUCUGACGUCAUCCAAAGAAAGUGCAAAAAUGUGAUUAGCAAGCUUCAGAGGAGAAUAGAUAAGGAGGGUCAACAUAUAGUACCACUUUUGACGGACUUGUGGAAGAGAAUUGAAAACUCUGGUUACACAGGUGGAAGUGGAAGCAAUCAGUUGGAUUUCCGGAAGAUUGAUCAGCGUGUUGACAGAUUAGAGUACAGUGGAGUUAUGGAGCUUGUUUCAGAUGUGCAGCUAGUUUUAAAAAGUGCCAUGCAUUUUUACGGUUUUUCACAUGAGGUCAAAUCUGAAGCAAAGAAAGUACACGAUCUGUUUUUCGACUUGUUGAAGAUAGUAUUUACAGAUACAGAUUUCCAGGAAGCUAGAAAUUCAUUAUCUUUCUUCAGUCCAGCAUCUACGUCCACCUCGGGUCCCUCCUCUAGACAGGUAGCUGUUGGCAAGAGACAGAAGCAGAUGACGGAUGUAGAAUCUGAUUCAGGCUUGACUCAAAAGUCGUUACAACAACGUGGACCCACCCAUACUGGUGAGGAAACAAGGAUUAGAGUGCAGUUGCCCCAAAAGGAAUUGAGGCUUGGGAGUGGAAGUACCAGGGAACCAUAUCAACAAGGUGAUUCUCUUCCAACUCAUCCGGGAGAGCUGGUUACUUGCAAGAAGAAGAGGAAAGACAGGGAAAAGUCUAUGGUAAAGCCUAGGACUGGAUCUGUUGGCCCCAUUUCAUCCCCGAGUAUAGUUCGGAACAUCAGGAGUCCAACAGCAGGAUCAGUCUCUAAGGAUGUGAGACCGACCCAACAGACCACCCAUCAGCCUUGGCCCAACCAACCUGCUCAUCUGUCAAAUGGUAGUAGUGGGAGUGUUGGUUGGGCCAAUCCUGUGAAGAAGUUGAGAACAGACACAGGUAAAAGGAGGCCAAGCCAUUUAUGACUUUCUAGUUUCUAGAUCAUCACCUUAAAAAAGAAAAAGAAAAAGAAAUUGCUGCCAUUGAGUGCAAGUGCCUAGUGUAUUUUGUGGCUCUUCAUGGCCUGUACAACUGCAAUUAGAUCAUACCAUUAAUGUAGUGUAGGCUCAUUGAUCCCCCUCGCUGUAUACGUCUUUCCGUAGUAGUUUCAAUGCAAUAGUUUUCAUAUCUGCAGCUUGCAGGUAUCACUAUUUAUACCCAUGUUUUCCUUUUGGAAGAAAUAGAUUGCAGUUUUAGUACGAGAAAA